AGUAAAUCAGCUAGACAGCAAAUGUGAGCUUGAAUUUGUAAUUGGCUUAAGAAACCGGCUGAUCUAAUUGUAAAGACCAAUUCUAGUAAUUAGUAAUAUGACAGACUAUUUUUGAUAUGGUUUUGAGAAAUGUGUAUGCUGUUGUUUCUUGCUGACUUUUGCAUAUAAACCUGGUACAUUUCAACUGUGAGGAGAGCAAGUAAAGGAACAUCCAAAACAAUGGACAUGAUCUUAUCUAGGAGGAUAGGCACACUUGGCAAAAGUCUCCCUUCUUGUUGGUUGUGAUAGAGAAGACAACCUGAUUGCUGCAGAGAAUAUUGGCAAAUUGUUUCUACCUCAUAGCUGACAGGAAAAGUGCAAUCAGAAAUUCAUUAAUAGAACAUUACCAUGAAUAUCUUCAGAAUCUAUUUUCAAUCAACACAAACCACUGGAAGCUUUUAGACUGGAGCAUAUGAAGUGCAAGUAGUGCAUGUAGAGCCCACUGGAUGUGCUGUCAAAAAUAAGGGAGACGCUGCUUGGAGUCCUAGAACAUAGUGAUAUAUCAUGUGAAUUGCCUGGUCCAGAAGUAAGAUACAGACGGCUUACGUACAUCAGGAUGUGUCUCCAUGCCAUCCUGCUAAUUCUAUGUCUGGAAUUGUCUUUUAUCCUCAGCUAUGCAACCAUCUGGCCAGGUUGCAGUUGUGUGACGUAUGACAGCCAACAUAGAUCUGAAGGAGAAUUCCAUUCUCCAAACUAUCCAGACAAUUAUCCACCCAACCUUAAUUGCAUUUUGUACACAUUUAAAGGAGAAGUGGAUGAAAUAGUAGAAAUAUCAUUCCGGGUCUUUGACAUUCGCACAAAGUCACCAAACAAGUGUUUAGAUGGGGAAACAGCUGAUUAUCUUCGUUUAUAUCUUGAUCUGGAUAGACCAGAGGUAAAUGAACGCACUGAAUUUACGUCUGUAAUAUGUGGAAAUAUGACUAUGAUACAGAAAGACUACUAUUCAUCAGGAAGGAUUAUUAUGAUGGAAUUUCAUUCAGGGAAUGGUGCCCAAAAAAAUGUGGGAUUUCGGGGACGUUUUAGAUUCUUGGCAGCAGACCAGUAUAAACAAGACUGCAUGAAAGUAAUAGGUCCAGAGUGCCGAUACAUAUGUAAUAGUACUGUCACAAAAACUGGAAAAUUUUUCUCUCAAGGAUAUCCACAAAACUAUAAAAGUAAAACCCAGUGCCAUUAUGUUUUUCGUGGAACACCGAGAGAACGAGUACAUAUAAAAUUUAAAAACAUUCAGUUGGGCCAUGCCCCAGGAAGUUGUCAUGUGGGGCAAAAUGAUAAAAUAAUCAUCCACGAUGGACCAAAUAAACAGAGUUCUGUGAUUAAAGAACUUUGCAAUGAUGGCAACAAUAUUGAGUUUGAGUCAAGUUUACAGGAUAUGUAUGUGCAUUUCAAUUCAAGUGGCUUUCAACCCAAGAAGGGCUUUACUGCUCAUUUUGAAUUCUUGCCUAGGGAAAACACUACUACUCCUUCAACUGACACAGAUCUGUCUACUAAUACACAGCCUGGUAGCACCACCUCUGGUUCAAAAGAAAGCUGUAAUCAUAACUUCAGCAGUUUUCUUCAAAAAGAAGGUACAAAUUGCACCACAAUCAACUCAAUACUUUAUCCAAAGCCGCAGAAAUGUACAUAUAGUUUUAGUGGUUCUGGAAAAGAGAAGGUUCAGCUCAAUUUCACAGACUUUCACCUUAAAAACCCCCUUUCCAGGUGUGAUGACAAGGCUGAGCUUUUUGCCAGUGGGGAAGACGAAGCCUUUGGAACUUACUGUAGGUCAAAUCAGGGGGAUGGCAUCUCCCUGGCAAUGUCCCAUAACAACAAGCUGGAGGUGCAAUUUACAAGUGCAACAGAAUCUGACAUGAAUAUUAAAAAGACAUUUUGCUUCCAUUACAAGUUCAGGACAGAUAAUGGGCUCAAGUGUGAAAAUGGAGAUGCACUUAAUAAUACAGAGUGUGGUUGUGAAUUUAGAAGUGAAAGGGCAGCGAAUGGAACUUUCUCCAGCCCUAAUUACCCAGGCAACUACCCAAAGCAAACAGAGUGCCAUUAUAGGUUCUAUGGAAGACCAAAAGAGAGAGUUAGAAUUACUUUCAAGUCAUUUGACUUAGAGGGUGUUGCAAACAGCUGUAAGGAUCCAGCUAUUAUGGCAGAUUAUGUGGAAUUCUCAGACUUUAUUCCACCUGACAAAGCUAGGAUUGCUAAGUGUGGGUCAAGACCUGAAGACAAACCUGAUCCUGUCAUGUCUGAUCAUCAGUUCUUUAGGAUGAUGUUCAAGUCUAAUGAGGAUGACUUUUACGGCACAGGAUUUGAGGCAACAUAUGAAUUUAUUUCAUCUGAUGCCAGUAGUGAUGAACUAAAAAAUACUGGGGUUUUAUGCAAAAGCAGGGUGUACUACUUAUUUAUUCCUGCUCUGGCAGCCUUUGUGCUACUCAAGAAUCUAUGAUCCAAUUGGGAUGACAUAUGUGCCUUUGAACAGUUGCAUCUACAUAUAUGCCAGCUCAAUGCAUGGCAUAGUAUGGCAAGAGGAGAACACACUUGACUACAAUUUUGUCAAAUUCUGUGGCAUCCUCCUCUCCCCCUUUUUAUUUUGUAGGCAAACAUGUUAAGGAAUCAAGUCAAAUGUUUUUCUUCCCCUGUAUGUCUUCCCCAAAAUCCAGGUCCACCAAUGUUAUUACCUUUUUGCAUCUCUCAUCAUGACUCUUUACAAGAAAGCAUGCAGCUGUGGACUGUGAACAACUUCUUUACAUUGUACUUCUUCAGUCAUAAAAAGUGCAUAGACAUAUACACUGUAUAUACAGGAUGUGUAUAGCACAUGUACAGAUAUAGACGAUAAUAUAGCACAUAUCUACUAAUACAUGUGCUGCCUGACAGUGAAAGAGUUGACUGGCACAGGAGGAGGAAACUUGGAAUGACCCUAGAUGAAUUUUAUGUCAGACAAGUAAACAUGUUAAUAUUCAUUUGGCCUUUCAAUAAUUUAUCAAAUGAAAAAUACAAAAUAAUUUUAACACAGUCAGUGGUUAGGAUUGACUGCCUGUACAUAAUAAUAGAGCAUACAGUUGUUGAUGUAAUAAUUUAAAUUGUGUAGUCUGUAAAAUAAAUAUAAUAUCAAAACAUGUACACAUUACAUUGACAAUAUUCUUAUAUAUACUAUUAGAUUUUGAUGUAUAUAAAUAUGUGAGGUGAAAAACAUGUAUGUGAAGAAAUGUACAUGAAAGGGACACUUCAAGAAUUGUCUCCUUAAAAUUCAUUGUGAAGUUUAGUUAAUGACUUAUCUUUUGGUCUUGAAUUAGUUUAGGUGGACAGAAUAUACAUAAGCCUUACCCAUAUAUUUACAGUGUAUCCUCCAA